CUCCCUAUGACUGAGAGUAGCAGGAAGCCCGCGCGGUUUCCCUUCUCCCGCGGUCCCGCCGCUGCAAAACUCGAACGCCUCGCGACGCGAGCUCUCUCGCGCGAUGCGCGUGCGGGGCGGUGGAGGUGGAGCGGUGGCGGCGCCGCGGCCGGAGCACCUGGCCGCGCACGCGCGCCUCGUCAAGUCGGCGUGCCCGGACGCGUUCCUCGUCACCACCGCGAUGCGCGGCUACCUCCGCGCGUGCCUCCCACUGCAAGCCCUCCUCCUCCUCCGCUCGCUGCUGCCGCGGGCGCCUCGCCUCCUCGGCAACUCCUUCUCCCUCUCACUCGCGCUGCAGGCCACCGCUGCGGUCUCGGGAUCCGUGCCGGCCACGCUCCGCAUCAGCCUCCGCGCCGCGUCCCUCCACGCGUGCGCGCUCAAGUCCGGCUUCGCCGCCGCCGACCUCUUCGUGCGCACCGCGCUCGUCGAGGCCUACGCCAAAUCCGGGCGCGCGGACCUCGCGCGCGCCGCGUUCGACGAGUCGCCGCGCAGGGACGUGUUCCUCUGCAACGUCAUGCUCGCGGCAUACGUUGCGCGCGGCGAGGUUGUGGAGGCGAGAAAGGUGUUCGACGGAAUGCGCGACAGAGACAUGGUCUCAUGGAACACGAUGAUCCACGGGUACGCGGUGAAGGGAGACGUCUCCAUGGCAAGGGUGAUAUUCGACGGGAUGGAUGACAGGGACGCCUUCUCCUGGAGCUCGAUGAUGUCAGCAUACACCAAAGGUCGGCGGUCCAAGGAGGCGCUGGAGCUGUGGCGAGAAAUGUGUGCGGCCCGUGUCACCCCAGACUGCAUCACCAUGGUGAGCGUGCUCUCCGCGUGUGGAGACAUGGGGGCGCUGGCCGUUGGUGUAGAGGUGCAUCAGUUUGUAGAGAGGAACGGGAUUGAGGUGGAUGUCAAGCUUGGGACUGCUCUUAUCGACAUGUAUGCCAAGUGCGGUGACAUCGAGAAUUCACUGAGAGUGUUCCACUCUAUGCCAGCAAAGGAUGUGCUGACUUGGAGCUCGAUGAUCAUUGGGUUGGCCAAUCAUGGGCUUGGCCAUGAUGCUCUCGGCUUGUUCUCAAGGAUGGUAUCAGAAGGAUUGCCACCAAAUGAGAUUACCUUCAUUGGAGUUCUUAUAGCCUGCACUCAUCUUGGUCUCGUCAGUGAUGGCAAGAAGUAUUUCAGCUCAAUGAGUGCAGUGCAUGGUGUAGCACCAAAAGUUGAGCACUAUGGAUGCAUGGUCGAUCUUUUGGGGCGAUCAGGUCAUAUUGAGGAGGCAAGGCAACUCAUCAGGGACAUGCCAUUUGAGCCAGAUGCAGUUAUAUGGAGGGCACUUCUUGGGGCUUGUCGCAUCUAUAAGAAUGUAGAAGUUGCAGAGGAAGCUAUGGCUAAACUGCGAGUAUUGGAUCCUCAUGCCGACGGGCACUAUGUCUUACUGUCAAACAUAUAUGCACAAGCAAAUUCGUGGGAAGGUGUUGCAGAGAUGAGGACCAUGCUUAGGAGGGAGAACAUUCAGAGAAUUCCUGGAAGAAGCUCGAUUGAGUGGCAGAACACAAUUCAUGAGUUUGUUUCUGGCGAUAGAUCACAUCCAAUGUCCAAGGAGAUCUACAAAAUGCUGGAAGAGAUGAUGGAUCGCUUAAGACAAGCCGGAUAUAGGCCAAUGACAGGCUUGGUCUUGCAAGACAUUGAUGAGCAAUCUAAGGAGCGUGCAUUGGCUGAACAUAGUGAGAAGUUGGCCAUUGCUUUUGGUCUGCUAACCUCUCCUGCAGGGUCAACUCUCCGAGUAACAAAGAAUCUCAGAGCUUGUGAAGACUGCCAUUCAGCUAUUAAGCUUAUUUCCUUGGUAUACAAUCGCAAGUUAAUCAUUAGAGACCGUAACCGUUUCCACCAUUUCAGUGAAGGACAAUGCUCAUGCAAGGACUACUGGUGAAGCCACAAACUUGUACCAAAACAACUGCACUGUGCAGGAGCCGUUAUCUUAUAUCCAAGAGCUUGAGAGUUCCUUUAGUUGAACAUGCAUCUGAAAGGACUUCAUUCGAAGUAACAGCAUAUCAUAAUCUCUUUCUUGAGUCGUGAAAGUCAGUCAGGGGCUUCAGAAGGAAAGAAUCUUACAUUCCAGUAUCAAUAUAUAAGAGAAACAAAGGGACCAGGACCAAAAGCUGCCUGAAGAAAUGCAGAGAGGAUGAGUGGGUGACGCAGCGCAUCCAAUUAUUGGGACCGUGCACGCCACUUCUACAAGUGAAAAGCCAUUUUAUCCACUAGCUGGCUUCCGGACUUCGUACAGGUAACCAGGCAACCCUCAGGACAAGAAAACUCCGUCGCUAUCUCGUUCAUCUCGGUGUGGCGUGCUGGGAGGAACAGCCGCCAUCGGAUCAUCAGGUCUGACGGCUGGGAUCUCACGUGAUCCUCGGGUGCAGACAACCCUCGCACACGAUGAUGAUCUCGUCGUCUGCAAGAGCGCCCGAUGGCCGUCAGCAGAUUUGGAGGAUCCGAGACGUGACAUCCCGGAGGUUUGUUUUCAUGGCGGGAUCUUUUUCUUGAAUUAUUGGUACAGCCAAGUUUUCGUUGAAAAAAAAUUGAUACAACAAGUCUGCACUGCACCAACUGGAAAUAGACCCGGAUGAAGUACAAUAAAAUUAAAAAUAAGAGCCACAAGGAAAGAAAUCAUUCUUGGAAUGCAACAGGUGGGGCCUCUUUGUUGGGCAGUCGGAGCUUAAUUGGGUUGGGUGAUUUUGGUUGAGUUGGGUGGAAAUUUUGUACUUCGGCAGGUCCUUUAGGGCGUCCAUGUGUUUCUUUGUUUAACGUGGGUGUCCAAGUCAAGGAAAGGAAACUGAAAGUGGCAUUACUUUUACUAAACAUAUGGAGACUAUAAUGUUAUUCAAAGAAGCUUCUCUGAUUAUUUUUCGGCGAAACAUUUAAACAAGAGUAUAGACGACUGGGCUGCGGCCUGAUUUUUCUA